AUUUUUGUAAAAUUCAGUGAAAUUGAAUAGAACUGAUUCUUUAUUGUAUUCUUUAUUGUCACCUAUUAUAGCAAAAAAAUAAUAAAAUCUAAAAAAGUUAUUUAAUAUAAUAUAAUAUAACCACACGCCUCUCAAACCAUCCAUGAAUUAAAAUAAAUAGAGCGAGUCUCAAUAACACUGAAACACUCAAUUAAAGCUUGAGAUGUCGGAACAGAUCAGAAUAGAACAGAAUACAGUUAUAGAUUAGAAUAGAGGAGAAUAGAGAACAGUUACAUGUAAAAGGGUUAAAAUAAAAUAGAAUGGAAUUAUUAGCCUCUCGAUUUAAUUUCAGUUCAUCCAUGGGGUGAUUAAUUUGAUGGACAGAAAAGUGUUUUGUGCAAGGAUCCACAGGGAAGUGUGAGAACAGUAGAAAUGUAUAAUCAUCACAGAAAAAGAAAGAAAACAUUAAAAUAGAACAGAAUAGAAUAGAACAGGACAGAAUAGAAUAGAAAUAAAAAGUGUUUUACGUGGAAUCGCCUCAAGAGGGCAGACAUGUCGAGAUCAGCUGACACACAUCUAGUUAUUACCUGUUAUUGAGUGCUUUUUGUCACGUAAUAAAUUAAUAAUGGCUAACUGAAAAAUGCAUUACCUCCACGGGAGCAUCCGCACCGAAUACGUCUGUUAACUUUUGCAAGAUGACCGACUGCCAGACCAGGCUGCAAAGCAAAAAAAGUGCACAUUUAAUUCAUCCUCACGUCCCACCGGAAUCGUCCCAACCCCUCACCCCGCCAACGCCGUUGCUUGCUCGCAUUCACCGAGGCAUCCCGUCUCGCACCAACCGUAGUUAACCGGAUCGACCGCCAGAGAGCAGGGUUACACCGCGUUCUCACCCCGUCCUUCCUCUCCCGCUCUCACAGCAGAGGAUUAAACAGCGAAGUUAAGUGGAGCGCGCGCGCCUGCCCCGCUCUUAUGUUGAGAGAGGAGACUGCGGGCUGGACUAUCCAUCACCUUUCACGCUGAACCCGAUGGAGCUGCUUAUAUCACCGCAGACGAUCUGGACGUAGAAUCGGAUUGAAAAUGCGCCCAGUGCAUAAACUGCACUCAGCACGAUCUUAACACUGAGGAACUUUUUUUUUUCUGGCGUCGCUUGGGAUUUGCUCUUCUACUUAGCGGCUUGAACUCAAAAUGAGUAACAUCUACGAGUCUGCUGCCACCACGCUGGGCCUCUUCAACAGCCCGUGUCUAACAAAAGUGGAGCUCCGUGUGGCCUGUAAAGGAAUAUCUGACAGAGAUGCUCUGUCCAAACCUGACCCCUGCGUCGUCCUCAAGAUGCAGUCCCAUGGACAGUGGUUUGAGGUGGACCGGACAGAAGUGAUUCGCAGCAGCAUCAGUCCGGUCUUCUCCAAAGUCUUCACUGUGGACUACUAUUUUGAGGAAGUACAGCGCCUCCGCUUUGAGCUGCAUGACAUCAGCAGCAACCAUAAUGGACUCAAAGAGGCUGACUUCCUGGGCGCCAUGGAGUGCACACUCGGACAGAUUGUAUCACAGAGAAAACUGUCCAAAGCUUUACUGAAGCAAGGAAACACAGCUGGCAAAUCAUCUAUCACAGUCACAGCUGAAGAGCUGUCUGGGAAUGAUGAUUAUGUGGAGCUCGCCUUCAGUGCCAAGAAACUGGAUGACAAGGACUUUUUUAGCAAGUCAGAUCCAUUUCUGGAGAUCUUCAGGGUCAAUGAUGAUGGCACAGCAUCACUUGUGCACAGAACAGAGACCAUUAUGAACAAUCUCAGUCCUGUCUGGAAAUCAUUCAAAGUUUCUUUAAACACACUCUGCAGUGGAGACCAUGAGCGGGAGUUAAAGUGUACAGUAUGGGAUUGGGAUUCAAAUGGCAAACAUGACUUCAUAGGGGAAUUUCAAACCACCUUCAAGGAGAUGAAGGCAGCCAUGGAUGGAAAGCAGAUCCAGUGGGAGUGUAUUAAUCCUAAGUACCAAGUGAAGAAGAAGAAUUACAGAAAUUCUGGAAUGGUAAUUCUUACUCUGUGCAAGAUCAUUAAGAUGCACUCUUUCCUGGAUUACAUCAUGGGAGGAUGUCAGAUUCAGUUCACAGUGGCGAUUGAUUUCACCGCCUCAAACGGAGACCCCCGAAACAGCUGCUCCCUCCACUACAUCCACCCUUACCAGCCCAACGAGUACCUCAAAGCGCUGAUCGCUGUUGGGGAGAUCUGCCAGGACUACGAUAGCGACAAAAUGUUUCCCGCUUUUGGCUUUGGAGCCCAAAUCCCACCGGACUUCAAAGUUUCUCAUGAUUUUGCAGUCAAUUUCGAUGAGGACAACCCGGAAUGCGCUGGUAUACAAGGUGUUGUGGAGGCUUAUCAGAAUUGCCUCCCGAAAAUCCAGUUGUACGGUCCUACUAAUAUUGCUCCCAUCAUCCAGAAAGUUGCCAACUCUGCCUCAGAGGAGAUGCACACCAAAGAGGCCAUGGAAUACUUCAUACUGCUAAUCCUGACAGAUGGCGUGAUCACAGACAUGGCGGAUACACGAGAGGCCAUCGUCCACGCCUCUCACCUGCCCAUGUCCGUCAUCAUCGUCGGCAUAGGCAGCGCGGACUUCAGCGACAUGCAGAUGCUGGACGGUGACGAUGGAAUCCUCCGCUCUCCUAAAGGAGAACCCGUCCUGAGGGACAUCGUGCAAUUUGUGCCCUUCCGCAACUUCAAACACGCCUCUCCUGCAGCGCUGGCUAAAAGUGUGCUGGCUGAGGUUCCCAAUCAAGUGGUGGAUUACUACAAUGGAAAAGGCAUCAAGCCCAAAUGCCUGUCGGACUUUGAGUCUUCCAGAGCAUUCAGUCCCUGAGCCACGCACAGCCAUAUUCGUCUUCAAGACAUCUUCACUGAUCAUUUCAGAGCUUGCUGUGUCAAUAUCGGAAUCGACAAGCAGGUCCAUCCUUAUUGUUUUUUUCACUCAGGUUUCCAAUAGCAUUGGGCAGAAAUGUCCUUAGCUGUCCAUAUUUUUACACAAUUGUUAGUUAUAUUAAAGAUGCACUCAGACAUUUGUUUGGUUUUCCUGGCUAAUAUGGCUAAUAUCACAUCAAAGUCUGAAAAGACAUUUUUGAAUCCAGCUCGCAGAAAGAACGAGGAGAGUAGAGCCAGAGGGGUUAUACUGGUGCCGUGACCCGGAAGAUUUUAAACAUUUUUAAAAAGUAUUAUGUGUGAAAUGUGGUUGUAAUCAACGAAUGCUCCUUUAACAUAAAUGGGAUAGAGUCCUUUCAUUGCAACCAAACCAAUCUGCCAGCACCUACUUUGUGUAAAUAGAAGGAAAUCCGAAAAAAUGAAGCCUUCAGCUGGACUGUCUUCCUUUAGAUUCAGAUGCCAGACUAAUUCCAAAUUGCAUUUGUUCAUUAUUUUUUGUUUUAUUUAUAUUAUUUACUGUUAUUUUUGGUGGACCUGCUAUAAAAGGGCUAUAAAGUCCAAUAUAGUAUAUUAUUCCAAUGCGUAAUAGUUUAGGAGGCAAGUGAUUAUCAGAUAUUGGCCAGCGCAUGACCAAUGCUCAUUUAGUGAACACUGUUAGAACUUUAUAUUUAAAAGUUCAACCAUUUUAUCCAUUUAUUUAAUUUACCUGCAAAAAGUUUGUGGUUGGUAAGAAUUUUAUAUUUUUGAUAGACCUCUGUGACUAUCCUCACCAAGUCUGCAUUAUCAAAAAUGAUUAAAAUCCUGUUUUUUAUUUGAAUAUAUUGUAGCAUUUAUUUAUGUGAUGGCAAAGCUGAAUCAGCAAUGUUUCUCCAGUCUUUAGUGUCACAUGAUCCUUCAUAAAUCAUUUUAAUACGCUGAUUUGCUGAAAAAAUACAAGCCAAACUGACAGUAUUCUUUUGAAAUUUAAAUGGUCUGUAGCCUUUUAAAUUUCUUUGUUAAUACUUUUAAUCAAUUUAAUGCCUCCUUGCUGAAUAAAAAAAAAUGUGUUCCUUUCUUACCCACCCCAAACUUUUGAAAGGUAUGUAUUUAUUUUUAAUGUGAGGCCUUUAUGACUUACAAUUGUUACAUAAAAUUAAGUGUCUUGUAUAUAGCUCUAUAAACAAAUUAAUAUUUAUUUGAAAGCAUGUGGAAUGGAUUCUGUGAAUACAGUACUUACGAUAUUUAGGCAUUGUUUGUUUUUGUUCUUUUCUACAGGUUUCUUGAUAAUUGUUUUGCAGAAUUUCUUAACUUCAUCUAAGUCAUUUCAGAUAUUUGGAAAUGGUAGAUGUGUAUUUCUGGUGCUGUCUUAGAUACAUUUUUCAUUUCCUUUUACACAUUUCUUUCUUUCCUUCUUCCUUGCGUUUGGAGCGUGUGUGUAUGUAUGCUUGCUUACUACCGAAACCAGGACUGUAUUUUGCAUGUUGCCAAUAAAAAAGGUUUUUGCCA